AUGCCCGUCUACAUGAUCCACGGAUUCCGCUGGCCCCGCGCUGGUUUCACCGGAAUCCGUGUCUACGUCGUACUUCACAACCUUGAAGAAGCUGCCGCCGAGUACAUCCAGCAACCACUCACGUCAGAGCUAUUGACCGAGUCCUUCCAAAAGACACAACCCGAUCUGAUCGCCCGUCUACCCGAACUGCGCUUUAUCGAGCAAUACGAUCCGUACGACGAAACAAGUAACACCGUGAGCCAGGACUAUGCCUAUGUGGCAUCCAAGGUCUUGACCAUUCCUGAUGGCGGUGCUUCGGUGCCGGAUAGCGCGGGCCCCGGGUUGAAUAUUGCGGAUUGUGUCGAGCAGGGAUCGGGCUUGUCGCAGGAUGAGUCGGAGGCGCUGGAAGAAUUGCGCAAUCGUUUAGCGCCGGAGGAGAAGAUCGGGUGGUUUAUGGUGUACAAUGGUGAUCCGGAUCGAUAUUAUCCGCCAUCAGAAGAGGAGGAGGAUAGUGAGGAAGAGUAUUAUGAUGAUGAGGAUAGCUAUGUCGAUGAGAAAUCGACGGCGCCGUCGGAAGCUGCGACUGAACCAAGUACCCCAGUCAGUUAUACGAAAGGCAGUAUGUCGGAGGGGAGCUUCACGAUAACGGAAAUCGCGGAGAACAUCUUCAAGCCGUGCACUCUCCAAGCCACCAAGACUCGAUGCUUACCAGGUGAUCGGGUAUUUACAAUGGUGCUUUCAUUUAUCCUCGUUCAGAACCGCCAGGGCAAAACGCGCCUGGCGAAAUGGUACGCCCCAUACAGUGACGAAGAAAAAGUGAAGCUUAAGGGCGAGGUCCACCGUCUUGUCGCUCCCCGAGAUCAGAAAUACCAGUCAAACUUUGUGGAAUUCCGUCGAAGUACCAAAGUGGUUUACCGACGAUACGCGGGACUCUUCUUCUGCGUCUGUGUGGACGCCAAUGAUAACGAGCUAGCGUACCUGGAAGCUAUCCACUUCUUCGUCGAGGUGCUGGAUCAAUUCUUCGGCAAUGUGUGUGAAUUGGAUUUGGUGUUCAAUUUCUACAAGGUCUACGCUAUCCUUGACGAAGUCUUUCUCGCCGGCGAGAUCGAAGAAACGAGCAAGCAGGUUGUGCUCACGCGACUCGAGCACUUGGACAAAUUGGAAUAA